GGCAAUAAAGUAUGAAUAUGCGACCUAAUUUCAUUUUCAGCACUCAACAGUUGGGCUCAAGCGCAAAUCAAAUUCUUUCAAGAAAAGAUUUCCACCCGCUCCCAUUAGGCUUUUAGCCUUCUCUUCUAUUCCAGAAGGCCAGAAUCCCACAUUCUUCCAUUUCCAGGUAGGUAGGUUUUUUCUCUACUCCAUCUUCAGUCUUCCAUUUCCAUGUUAUCCGGAGAUUCCGGGACUGUGAUGUUGGUCUAUGGUGACACAUCAGAUCAAAGAUCUUUCUCCCUAGAUGACACAAGCAGCACUGAGGAAUCACCAGAGCAAACAAACUUGUCCUUAGUGACAAUGAAUGAUUCAAUUCCAUACAAGGGACAGAGAUUCCCAACCCAUGACGCUGCUUAUGAAUUCUACACCGAGUUCGCGAAACAGUGCGGCUUCUCAAUCCGAAGGCACAGAACGGAAGGCAAAGAUGGGGUUGGCAAAGGACUCACGCGGCGCUACUUCGUCUGCCACCGCGCAGGAAAAACUCCCGCCAAAUCUUCGGCUGAAAAUAAACCUCAAAGAAACAGAAAAUCCUCCAGGUGUGGAUGCCAAGCUUACCUGCGUAUAAGUAAGAACUCUGACCUUGGGGUUCCGGAAUGGGUGGUCACCGGUUUUGCAAACCACCAUAACCAUGAACUCUUGGAACCCAACCAAGUGCGUUUCCUUCCCGCGUAUCGGACCAUUUCCGAUUCAGACAAGAGCCGGAUCCUGAUGUUUGCGAAAACAGGAAUCUCUGUUCAACAAAUGAUGAGGCUCUUGGAGCUCGAGAAAUCUGUGGAACCCGGAUAUCUUCCUUUCACUGAGAAGGACGUUAGGAAUUUGCUUCAGUCAUAUAGAAAGGUGGACCCCGAGGAUGAAGGCAUUGAUCUACUGAGGAUGUGUAGAAACAUUAAGGAGAGAGAUUCCAACUUCAAGUAUGAUUUCACACUCGAUUCAAACAAUAGAUUGGAGAACAUUGCUUGGUCAUAUGCUUCGUCCAUCCAGUCAUAUGAGGUUUUUGGUGAUGCAGUGGUUUUUGAUACAACCCAUUGCUUGACUGCUUUUGAUAUGCCUUUGGGAAUAUGGGUUGGAGUGAACAAUUAUGGGAUGCCUUGUUUCUUUGGCUGUGUACUUCUGCGAGAGGAAAACGUGAGAUCAUUCUCAUGGGCAUUGAAGGCAUUCUUGGGGUUCAUGGACGGCAAAGCCCCACAAACCGUGCUAACUGACCAAAACAUGUGUCUCAAGGAGGCAAUAGCAAUGGAGAUGCCAACGGCUAAGCAUGCCCUCUGCAUAUGGCUUAUUGUAGCGAAAUUCCCUUCAUGGUUUAAUGCCGUUUUAGGGGAGCGAUACAGCGAGUGGAAAGCUGAGUUUUAUAGACUGUACAACUUGGAAUCGGCCGAGGAGUUUGAGCUUGGUUGGAGAGAGAUGGUGAAUUUGUUCGGACUGCAUACUAAUAGGCACAUUGCUGGUUUGUUUGCCUUGAGGUCACUGUGGUCACUGCCAUACCUAAGAAGCCAUUUCUUUGCAGGAAUGACUACGGCUAGCCAAUCAAAGUCAAUCAAUGCUUUCAUUCAACGCUUUUUGAGUGCCCAAACUCGGCUUGCACAUUUCGUGGAGCAGGUGGCAGCUGCAGUGGACUUUAAGGAUCAAACGGGAGAACAACAAACCAUGCAGCAGAAUCUUCAUAACAUUUCCCUCAAAACUGGGGCCCCCAUGGAAUCUCAUGCUGCCACAGUUCUCACCCCUUUCGCCUUCACCAAGCUCCAGGAGCAGCUCAUCCUCGCCACACACUAUGCGUCUUUUCAGAUGGAAGACUGUUUCCUUGUCAGACACCACACAAAAGUCGAGGGUGGACGGAACGUUUACUGGGCCCCGCUGGAAGGCAUCAUAGGGUGCAGCUGCCAGCUGUAUGAGUUCUCAGGUAUACUUUGCCGGCAUGCCCUUAGGGUUCUGUCAACCGGAAACUGCUUCCAGAUUCCAGAGAGGUAUCUGCCUCUCCGGUGGCGAAGAAUCAGCUCCGUCCACACUAACCAGAAUCUGGACCACAUGGAAAAGGUUCAGUGUCUGCAGAGUUUGGUUUCAUGUCUUAUUUCGGAAUCAGCAAAGUCUAAAGAACGGCUCGAAAUGGCGACUGAGGAGGUGUCCGUCCUUUUGUCUCGGCUACGUGAACAGCCGGUGGUUUAUUCAUUGUCGGUGGUGAAAGAAUUGUCAUCAGCAUCCAUUAAAAGGUAAUCAGCAGGUUACACGGUAAUGCGGCGCACAUGUGACAGCCCACACUUCAUGCAAUCGGCGGAGAAGAUGGCAUGGGUCAGCGGUGACAAAGAUGACGUGCGACGUAGUCAACAGGUGAGCGAGACAAGUGGUGACGAGGCGAUCGGUGACAAAGAGUGAUAGUCAACCUAACUGUGAGGCAACACUUCAAAUUGAGGUAACAUCUCCUAACCUUGAUGAAAUUAUUAUUGAGGAUGAAGAACCCGAAUACUCCAUUGAUCCCUCAGUUCAAGCUAUUUUGGACAACGACGUUGCUAAAGAGGCUAAUACAUCUUCUCUUGACAAGCCAAAUGAAAGUGUGGAGUUGGACAAAAAUAAGGGCAUUGUCCUCCAUGACUCAAGUCACAAUGCCGCGGCAUUAAGUGACAAAGCCGUGGGUUUACACCCUCAAACCAACAAGCCUAACUCCAAAUGGGGGCAACCCGGUUCUACCCCUUCCUUUGUGUCACUUUUCAAGGACAAUAGACAACCGGACAAAGGCAUGAAGCUACGCUACAUUGAACCCAAAGGAGACAUUAUUGACCUCACUAACCGAAAGAUGUCCUCCAUGGUUGAGAUAUGUGGAUAUUGUUUAAUGGCUUACUUUGAUGGUCGGUUUCCCGGGUUUAAAAACAUUCAUGAUAUGGUGCACAAAUGGGGUGUACCUUGCCGUGUGAGAUCACAUGAUAGAGGGUGGGUGAUCUUUAAAUUCCAAAACGAAGAUGAUAGGGCCAAAGUCCUCAUGGAAGGCCCAUACUCUCUAUUUGGAAAAACAGUCCAUCUCAAAGCCCUAUCCGAAGACUUCUCCAUGGAUGAUGAUGAAUUCUUAAAGGUACCAAUUUGGGUCCUCUUCCUCCAUCUACCCAUGAGAAUUUGGGAAGAAGAGAUAAUAAGUGAGGUAGCAUCUAGAGUGGGAACACCAAUCACUACGGAUAGAGUAACUCUUGAAAGAGCAAGAUCAUCAUUUGCAAGGGUCCUAAUUGAGGUGGAUGCUUCUAAACCACCCCCUCCAUUUCCAAAUCAGGCUGCCAAAUGGUAAAUUACACACGCAAAGGGUGAGGUAUGAAACUUUCCCUAACUAUUGUUUCCAUUGUAAAUGCUUUGGCCACCAUUGUUUUACUUGCAAGGUAUUAGCCGAGAUAGAAAGGAAGGAAUUUGAAGCUAAUAGAAUGCAAAAAGAGGCUGAAAGUGGAGCUCAGAGGUGGUGGAUGAUGUCCAAGGCAUCCAUGUCAAUAUGGAGGAAAGGAACAACCCUCGGCCCAUUAAAUCCCCAUCAAAGGAGCAUCCUUUUUUCAAACUUCUCAAGUAUGCUAGAUAUGGGAAGAGAAGACCAAAGAAAGGGGAGAGGGAUAGAUCCCCCGGUUACAUAACACAAGAUGAAGAGGAUGACCAAGAUGGUCAAACCGUACGAAGUGUGGAAGCCUUUGAUGAAAUCUACUCGGAUGAAGCAAUCAUUGAGAUGGACCCCGCGUUGGAUUUCUCUAGCCCAAUCAUCAAAGUCAAGCAUGUAGAGGAGGUGGAUAAAGAAGCAACUAUCAUCAAACUUGGGCAUAACUUGAGUGUGGUUGAAAAUAGAGAGCCCGGUGUGUUCUUUACAAAACAAUGCCUUGAAAAACUCCCGGAUGUAACAUCCAUUGACAAAGGGUAUACUUUCGGUCCUACAUUUAUGAGAGGUGUCUAUAGACACUAUCUUAAUAGGUUCUUUGAAGAUGGCUGCCCGAGAGGUAAUUCAUGCAAGGUAAAGGAUCCAAGGAGGGUCAAGCUUGAUCAAACCCGAGUGGUUCAUGAUAUUAGAGAUGCUUACCUUGAUGAUGUUGUUACCAAAGUUGAACUACUUGAAGAUAAGCCACCUAACAUCCACCUUAUGCACAUUGAGGAGGUCAAGGAAAUGAUGGUUAGAGUGGACAACUAUCUUAGUGUUCAAAAUGAUGCCUCGAACACUAAAGCUAUCAAUUUCACCCAAGAAUGCUUCAAAUCUCUAUCGGGGACCGUUACAACCGAGGAGGAGUAUGUCUUCACUUCUUCUUCUUUUGAGUUACCAUAUCUCUUGCUUUUCAUUACUAGGUACACUCCAAGAGAACCCAAGAAACCCUCUUUGGCCGAGGCUAGUAAGGCAGGGAAGGGGUGGAGAAGAAGACCCACCACAAAAUCUUCUUAAUGAUAGUGUCCUCAUGGAAUGUCCGAGGCCUAAACAACGUCUCUAAACAAAACCUUAUCUCUCAUUUUGUGAAUACUAAUAAUGUACAUAUUUGUUGUUUGCUUGAAACUAAAAUGAACACCCUUAACUUUGAAAAGUUUACACGUAGUAAAUGGCCUUCUUGGUCAUCUAUUACUAACUUUGAUAUAAUUAAUGGUGGUCGC